AUGUUAUUCCUCCUGUAUUGGCUGAACAGAUUCAUUUUCCCAAACCGCUCAUUGGCAAUUCUGCUUGAGUACAAGCAUCUAGCAGAGGCUCUGCACAACCAUACUGACGUAGGGCUUGGACCUUCAGUUCUGGCCUAUCUAUUCAAGAACUUGCACACUGCCACCCUAGAGAAUCCCCUGAACUUGUCUGCUCCUGGCGUAUUCUGGAUGAUCCAGAUCUGGCUGCAGGUGUAUUUCCCAAAACUGAGAUUUCCAGACAUAGUUCUGCCUGAAGAUCAAGUUCUGGCUCAUCCUCUAAUGUCAGUAGAAGUGCCCAAACACUCAAUUGAAGAGUACCUGAUGUUCUUCAAGCAUUGCACCAAGAGAUAUGCUGCUCAAUGGCAGGUGGUACUCAGAAGGACCUAUCCCUGGUUCCAGCCUAGAUUCAGGUUAUUUGAGAAGGAACCAGAGGAAGAAACAGCCAGAAUUGACUUCAGAAAGAAGUUCCUGAGCGUAACCCUGCCGAGAGACCUGCCCCAUGAAGGUGGAAAACCUCCAAAUUAUCAUUUGGGGGCAGAAGUGUAUCACCCCAAUUUCUGCGCAAGACAACUCGGCUACUCUCAGCCUAUUCCGCUGAAAUCCUACAGAAGCUGUAAUUGGGCCACUUCCUGGAGGGACCUGGAUGAUUUGGAAGUACAUGAGGAUACCAGGUGUGUGGUGAACAAGAUAAACAAUAGCGCAGACGCUCUUUAUCCAUCCUAA